CAGCCAUUUAAUAACGCGAGACGCACUUGUGGCAAAUGUUCGGAUCCGUUCCAUUAAUAUUUCUAGCGGAAAAAGUGUGAUUUAAUAUAAUAAAUAUCAACUGAAUAAAAGUAAAAAUCUUUUGAAGAGAUUGCGCAAAAGAUGGAAGUGAACGAAAAUGAAAUUAUAUAGCAAAAAUAUAUCUGAAAAAAUUUUGCGUGAAAAUCUUCAAGUGAAGCGAAUAGAAGUGGACGAACAUAGAGCAAAAGCAAUAGAAGCAGAGAAAGACCAAGGAUUGUUAAAAGAAGAAGAAGCGGUAGAGACAGUAGCUAGAGUGAGAGAGCGGCAGUUGCAUGAAACCGAAACAAGUGAAAAAAACAGAACAGCAACAGUGAAUACACAAGCAACAAUAAAGACUGCAACAAAAGUGGCAAUAGGCUCGGCAGCGACGUCGACAGUAUUUUCAGCUGCGGUCGCGGCGACGACGGCAAUAUGUUCAGUCGGCAGACGUGUGUGAAAGAUUUUGCAGAAAAAAAACGUGAAAUAAACUAAAAGUAUAAGUGAAAAGAAGUACAUAGCGUAGUUACGUUAGAGAUUUGAUUUGCUUACAACUAUUGACUAUAAAUAAUAAACUGAAUGCAAUAAAGUCUAGUUGAUAAAAAUGUGUCUUUACCGGGUAACGAGAAACGUUUCGUAAGUGUAUAUCAUUUAUUGAAAAUAGCGUAUCGAGGAAAAUUGUGAAUAUCGGAAAAUACAUAAAAUCUAAAAUUGUAAUUAAAACAGAAAGAAGAAGCAACAAAGUGUAGAAGAGAAAAGAAAUAGCAAAUGAGCGAAUGUUAGUGGAACUGCUCACGCACCGUUUUACCACGUUAAAAACGAACGUGAGCCGCAAAGCAAACGUGAAAUCUGGGUACAGCAGCUAGUUUGGUGUAUAUUCUCCGAUUGGUGUUGUGUAACUCGACCGCUGAGCCACUUUUCUUCAGUACACAUUGCUGAGUUUUGAUUUGAUCGGGAUUGCCCCAAACAGCUGGAAAAGAGCGGAGAUUCUCCGAACAAUAAAUGGAAAAAACUUGAGGUCUAUGCAUGGAUUAAAAAGAAAGCGUUUCCAAGCCUAAUAUAAGAAAGGUUGUGUGCUGUGUUAUUGGUAUUUUGUGCGAAGGGUGAGCGGAGCGGUACCAAAAGCAGAGGUAGCACAACACAACACACCGAAAGUACAACCACGGCAACGACUACGAAGCACUAACAACAAAACUUAUGCUCAUCGUGCACGAGUGUAUCGGCGACUGCGACUACGUUUGCUACUGCAGAGAUUGAGGCGGACACGAGUGCGAGUACGAGCGCAACGACGAUUAUUUAGUGAAGUGGUUGUGAAAAGCAGAAGUAGCGGCAGAAAUAGCAACAAGAGCAUAAAAAAAGAAAAAACGGUAAAAAGAAGAAGCAAGCAAGGCAAACAUGAACUAAAUUUUGCACGAAAAGACGAGAAACCAACAACUUUUAUUGUAAAAAGUUCGUGUUAGAGUGUGUUCUAGCAAAAAUUGAUAAAAGUUGAAGAAAAAAUUAACUUCUCAUAAAACUAGGGCCAAGUGCUAGCUAGCGAGUGGAGCAUUGAAAGGAGGUAGAGAAGAGGAACCAACAAUACUAGUAGUAGUUGCUGCAGCGCAGUAGCUGAACCACUGGCAGAGGUACCGUGUAAGAAGAAAAGUACCGUGACUGUAGAAAAGUAAUACGACGAAUAACAGGAGGACGAACAAAACGCACAAAUUGCCCACAGAAACAACUUGAUAUAACAGAAAGUAAAAUAAAUAUGUUGAAAGUCAAAGGAGAAAAGUGGAGAAUGGCUGCGUGAGCUUCGCAGCGGCGGUAAGCGCCAAUUAAAUUUUGUAUGGUGGCCUCAAAACAAAAAGAAUCAGAGAAAAGAGUGUAUUUUAUGAAGUAAAAAGCAAAAACCUGCAGAAGUGUUUUGAACAGUGAAUGCGAUUUAUAUAAAAAUUGUAUAAGAAAACAGAUAAAAUUGAGAUUUUAAUAUAAACUUCGAACGUGCAAUUGGAAACGGUAAAUAACAAAUAAUCUUGCAGAGUCCAAUACUAGCAGUGCUCGUAUCUUUAAUAAGAGCAUUACCAGAACUAAACCAUCUUGUUUCAGACCCGGUGCUGUAUGCAGCAUUGAAUCAAGUAAAUCAACCAAACAAUCGAAACCGACCAAAAGUCAUAAUUCAAAAUAUAAACCUUGCAAUACAUCACAAUAGAGAAUGUACGGGAAAGCUAAAACGUCAUCAGUGCCGUCAGAUGCACAGGCACGCGAGAAAUUGGCGCUAUAUGUUUACGAAUACCUGUUACAUGUUGGUGCCCAGAAAGCAGCGCAAACUUUUCUAUCGGAAAUUCGAUGGGAGAAGAACAUCACAUUAGGCGAGCCACCUGGAUUCCUGCAUACAUGGUGGUGUGUCUUUUGGGAUCUAUACUGCGCCGCACCAGAGCGUCGUGAUCAAUGUGAUCACUCAUCAGAGGCAAAAGCUUUCCAUGACUACGGCUUUGUUAGUUCUGGCUACGGAGUAAAUGGUAUCGGUCCCGGUGGACCACACAGUGCUGGUGGCCCAGCUCCCAGCCCACUUGGUCAAAUGCCACCAGGUGGUGAAGGCCCAAUGGGGCCUGGCGGACCGAUGGGUCCUAAUUUCUUUCCAAAUUCCACAAUGCGCCCGUCUCCCCCGACGCACGCGUCCAGUCCACAACCACCACCAUCUCAAAUGAUGCCUGGUCAACCGCCAUUCAUGGGAGGUCCCCGAUAUCCCGGCGGUCCACGUCCUGGUGUCCGUAUGCAAGGAAUGGGAAAUGAAUUCAAUGGGCCACCUGGUCAACCGAUGAUGCCGAAUAGCAUGGAUCCGACGCGACCGGGUGGAAUGGGUCCCAUGAACCCACGUAUGAACCCCCCACGCGGUCCUGGAGGCAUGGGCCCAAUGGGAUAUGGCGGCCCUGGCGGCAUGCGGGGACCAGCACCUGGCCCAGGCGGUAUGCCGCCCGGCAUGGGCAUGGGCGCAGGAGGAAGACCACCUCAGUGGCAACCAAACGCCACAGCCCCUAUGAAUGCGUAUUCAUCCUCUUCGCCAGGUAACUAUGGGCCUGGACCCGGUUCGAAUGGGCCGCCUGGUCCUGGAACGCCGAUUAUGCCCUCACCCCAAGAUAAUACACAAGCAGGACCUGGCGGUCCUGGCGAUAAUAUGUAUUCGAUAAUGAAACCUGAAUUUCCAAUGGGAGGUGGCCCUGAUGGCGGUGGCGGCGGUCCGGGUGGUAUGGGUCCUAUGGGUGGUGGACCUAACUCAAUGGGACCAGUACUUAAUGGCGGUGGCGGAGAUGGCACUGGAUUAGACGGCAUGAAAAAUUCACCAGCCAACGGCGGUCCCGGUACGCCGCGUGAAGAUUCCGGUAGCGGAAUGGGCGACUAUAACCUUGGUGGAUUCGGAGGACCUGGCGAAAACGAUCAGAACGAAUCGGCGGCUAUAUUAAAAAUAAAAGAAAGUAUGCACGAAGAGGCGAAACGGUUUGAAAAAGACUCUGAACAUCCGGACUAUUUCAUGCAAUAACAACAUAGUAGCAACAACACAGCCACGACGCAUACGACAGCAGCAGCAGUGACUGCGGCAGCGGCAGUUGCAGCAGCAGCAGCAGCUCUAGGAGCCAACAUGUUGAGCGGUGCGGCCGCAUCUGUUGCCAAUAAUCUUAGCACCAGCAACAACGGCAGCACCAGCGGUAACAACAAUCUCAUCAACCAUGCAAGCAACAGUAGUCCUGCAUCAGUAACGCCGCAUUUUCCUAAGGAACUUAAUUUUUAAUUUAAAUACUUUUUUGAGAGCGAAUACUGCAUACGGAAUGAGAUGUUUGUUAAAAUAAAUAGUAGGAAUCCACACUGAACAGGAAGCAAGGGCAACUCUAGAAAAUUAUUAAUUAUCUCAAAUUAAAAAAAAAAAACGUAUUUGUGAAGUUAUGACACUAAAAUUAGAAACGAGACCGAUUAUACAAAGUAAUAGAAAAUAUCUAAUAAUGUACUAGUUGUUCGGGGAUAUAUGCGGGACUACACAGCAGCCAGCAGCUGGUGAUGUGCGGAUAACGCUGGUAAAAUUUCAAAAUUGGAGACAGCAACCCAAAAUUACCUCUCGAGUAACUUUUACAUUUAAAAAUUUGCAUAAAGUAUUAAAAUUGUACAAAUGAAAGGCGCAAUUAAACAAGUAAUUAGGCUACAAUGGAUGACCGAUUUUAUAAAAUCAAUUGCACACACAUAAAAACCAGCGUCAAGUAAUAGAAGUUUUUCGAGUGUGCAAAUAUACGCGAGUCUUAUUUUCCGAUUUUGAUUCAUAGCUGACUAUGAAACAAAGUAUAAAAAGGAUGAAUAAAGAAUGCGUAAGGGCACAUUUUCUGUAAAAAAAAUACCAAUAUUGUUAAUCAUAAAUAGAAUGGAAAUAACUGCAGAUAUUGUACUUAUCAAGGCGAACUUAAACUGUAAAUUAUUAAAAAUAAAUUAAAAAAAAAUAUUACUAAAUGAAAGAGGAGAGAAAAUAACGUUAAGAUAUAAAUUUAUAACUAUUUAGGAUACGGUUAGCACUUAGGGAUAAAUAUGUACUUUAAUUCAACAUUAGCGUGAAAUAAUAAGUAUGGAAGAGCGGUGUUGCAGCUAGAACUGCUAUGAAACUGUAUAAUCGUCUAUAUAAUGAAUAAACAUGUAAAAUUAUAUAUUUGAAUAAAAAUUAAAUAACAGAUAUUUCACGGGAAGCAACACUCGAAUUUUAUAAACAUUUUCGUUGCAUUAAGUAAAUAUAAAAAAAAGAAAUGAUUUUAAUUGAAGAUACAUUUGUUUAUUCCCUUCAUUCAUCGAAGGCGCAGAGGCAAGGUCUCAUAAAUGUAUGUCAAACGUAACAUGUGAUGCUGCUUAUUGGACAAAAAUUGAAGCCAUCAAUACAGGCAACAACAACAUUGUCCGUUGCGCAAGCGCAAUCACUAAGAUUUAAAUUAGAAUAUAAUGCAAUACAUGAAUACUAUUUUUGCAAAUAUCUAUUUCACUUUCGCUUGCACAUGUUUUGUUUAAAAUUAAAUAUUCCAAAAUUUACCUAUGCUCCAUGUAUUUAAAAUUGCAAUACAGAUGUAUGUGAAAUAAAAAUUUGGUUGGUUUGAAAUGUUGUGCAGCGCACUCGUUUAAUUGGAUUGAAGAGCCUUCGGCAUGUACAUUUUUUAUUUACACUACUUGAGGGACCGUUUCACACAAAUUGCGGCUCACAUGAAAAUUAUAAUGAUGUAAUGGAGAGAAUAAGCAUACUUUCCAACAGUCAUGUGCAACAAACUAAAAACAAAUCUGCAAGUGUGCGCUUUUCGGUCAUUCCAUUAUUACAGGCUAUGGAGCAUAUAUGUACAGCUAUAAUUAAGUGUGUUGUUCCAACUGCAUUGUAUAGUUUGGUACGUUUUUCUGUUUUGUGAUCGGAUUUUACCUAACCUAAUAAUUCCUAAUUCUGGCAACUUGAAAAACAAAAUAUUUUCCAUGGUGUACAUGAGCUUUAAAGAAAUGAAUAGUUAAACACACAUAAACAAGAAAGUCGGAAGAUAGUCAAAACUAAUGUUACACAGUUGAAGCGCAUACAUAUCGCUAGUUUGCUGGUAGUGUCAAUCCGAUUUUUUUUUUCUUUUAUGAUGUGCUAAAAAUUUAAAACGCUAUUUUAUUGAAAAAAAAAGAAAGAAACGAAAGUCUUGAUUUUUUGUGCAGGUACAAUAUUUGUAAUUUUAAAACUGUUUUUUCAAUAUUUUGGAUAAUGCAACUUCUAAAUGGUGCUGGAUUUGUAGAGCUUCUAAAAUAUGCAUUUUAAAUUGGUAAAAAUUGAAAUUUUGAUAGAUUAGGUUUGAUCAAAAACUUUGCUGAAUGAGUUCACAGUUUAUUGCAGUCCAUACAGAAAGUAUUUUAAUUAUAAUUUAAACAAAAUUGUAAAUCCUUGAGCUGGAUUUUAAUUAUAAUUUAAACCAAUUUAAUUGUAAAUCACUUGAGCUGGAUUUUAAUUUUACAAGAGCGGAUUGUUCAGAAUGCUCAGGGCAGUGCAAUCUGUAAGAUUGCAUGAUUCCCAUGACAGUCGGUUCUACGUAACCGGAAUUUAUAUCCGGCCAAGGACUGCCACUUCAGCAGCAUUCACCGUUUAUGUAUGGGGAAUGUUUAUGCUGCUACAACAACAACAUUACAUCAUGCGUUACUUGACAUGUGGCUAUGUAGUAGCUACAAAUAUUGAUAAAAUUGAUAGAUUUGUAUGCUUUGCGCUUUUUCUUCUGCUUUACACCGAUUUUUGGAUGCAUUGAAAUUGGAUUUGAAUGGCUUUAAAGGGCACGCAUACUUUUUGGUAUUUUCGAACUUUCAUACAUUUAUUCUCGGUGUGGUGUCCCAAGUAUGUACAAGAAAUUGCAUGCUCAAUACAGCACUUGAGACUUCAUGUCUAACGAUUAAACUGUGUCUCUCGAGAAUUUGUUCGCCUACUAGAAAGUUUUAACAUUAAACGAAAUGAAUUGUUUAAUAAAAUAAGCCAAAUUGGCUAAAAGUCCGUCUAAUAAGCGACAUUGAAAGACGGUGCUGCGCCAGCGGAUGUAAAAAAACCGUUAUUAAAACAAGUAAAUAAAUGUGUUGCAAAUAUUUUUUGUUUCUUUGCAUACUUUUUCUUAAACACACAAAAAUAUGUAUAAAUAAUAAAACAACAAUGCAAGAAAUAUAAAAGCAAAACGACAACAAAAUAUUGCAUAAUAUAUAAAAAGAAUAAAAGAAUGUUUGUGCAGCAGAUAAAAAUUAUACACCCACAUACAUGUACACAUGUACACAUAGAUAUACAAUUAUUACCUUAUACAUAUAAAUAUAUCAAACACAUACACAACUUAAUAUUGUACAAAAGUUUAAAAUUAUUGCUAUUUAAAUAUAAUUAAAUAAAUACGCAUAUUUAAAUAAAAUAUUUACUUAUUACAUAUAAAUAAAUAGAAUUAUUAUUAUUUUUAGAGCUAGCGCAUUACAACUUAAAAGUCUUUAUAGUUAUUAUUAUUAUUAACAGGAGAAGAAGGCAAACAACAGUUAAUAGAAAUAGAAUAAAAAACAUAAAAAGCGCAAAAACUUUCAAAAAAUUACAAAAAAUGGUUGAAUAAAAAAAUUAAGUAAAUUGUAAGUUAGUAAUGAGAAAAUUUAUUAUGUAUGUAUGUAUGUAUUGUACAAAAUACAUGUGUGCGUUGUGCUUAUAAUAA